AAGUUAAGUAGAACAGAUAUUGCCAAGUUGCGUGAAAUGCAUCGUUCCAAAGAAAAAGCUUAUAAAGAUGCAACAGCUAUCAACUAUUCCUUAUCGUUAGGUAUUUUGUUUUUAGGUCUUUCAUAUGCCGCAGUUGUUUUAUAUCGUACAUUAUGUGCAAGAACAGGUUUUGGUGGUCGUCCAGUUACUGAUAAAAGAAAAUUCACAAAUGAUAAAUUAGUGCCAGUUGAUAUGGAUAAAAGAAUAAGAGUUAGUUUCACUUCAGAAGUCUCAGAUAUCUUGCCUUGGAAAUUUACUCCUCAACAACGUGAAGUUUACAUUCUACCUGGUGAAACUGCAUUAGCAUUUUAUAAGGCCAAGAACACAGGAACACAGGAUAUAGUUGGUAUGGCUACAUAUAGUAUUACUCCUGGUGAAGCAUCACCGUACUUCAACAAAAUCCAAUGUUUCUGUUUUGAAGAACAAAGAUUGGCAGCUGGUGAAGAAGUCGAUAUGCCUGUUUUCUUCUUUAUUGAUCCAGAUUUUGCAAAUGAUCCACGUAUGAGAAAUAUUGAAGAUUUGAUUCUACAUUAUGCUUUCUUCAAGGCUCAUUAUCAAGAAAAUGGUGAGAUCGUUCCUGUUGACGCUUCAAAAGAUAUUGAAAUG